UUGUGCUCCAGUGGUUCCUCGCUUUCCCUGAAGGAGGCAUUAUUGCUGAGCCCAGGGCACCUGGUUCUGCCGGCAAGAACCAGCGCAGUUCUCCCAGGUGGAUGGCCAAGAAGGCGUCUGCAGGCUGACGACUCUGGUCUUUGCUCCCUCCAGAAACUCUCCAAAGAGAGGCAGAUAGAUAGAUAGAUAGAUAGAUAGAUAGAUAGAUAGAUAGAUAGGUAUCGGGAUACAUCUACAUUUUUUCUCUCCUUUCCCUCGCUCUCUCCUGGCGUCGCAUCUUCAGCUUAAGAAUGGUUGCAGAAGUCCAAGAGGUUAUUUUUGGCCUGGGAUGCUUGCUCCUUUAUUUAACUCUGGAAACCGAUGCCGAUCCGGAUGUCUCCUGCGUAUUUAACAGCAAGAAGUACAAGGCAGGGGAGAGCUGGCACCCUUACCUGGAGCCGCAAGGAGUGAUGUACUGCAUCAGGUGCACCUGCUCUGAGGAUACCAAUGUCAGCUGCUCCCAAAUCCAGUGCCCGCCUCUUCAGUGUCCGAAUCCCAUCAGUGACCCACACCAAUGCUGUCCUAGGUGCCCAGAGCUGCUCACCCCGCCUGGGGUCCAGACGCCAGCCAAUUCCUCGUGCCGCUACAACGGAACAGCCUACCGGCAUGGCGACAUCUUCACCCACAACGAGCUCUUCCCUUCCAGGCAGACAAAUCAGUGCACCCAGUGCAGUUGCUCGGAAGGCCACAUUUACUGCGGCCUGGUGACCUGCCCAGAGGUGCUUUGUGCUUCUCCCGAAACCAUGCCAGGCUCCUGCUGCCAAGUCUGCAGAGAUAAUUCCUUUGAGAGGUUGAUAGAAGAGCCCCAAUUAAACAGAGGCGUCAGACACCCCCGUUAUCACUGCGCGGUGGGCGCCGGGAGCAGAGGAUCUGCCGGAGCAGUUGAUCCCCCGACGGGAGCCUCGCUGGAACUGAUCCCCAAGAGCAUCAAGCAGAAAGUGGGGAGCGGCGGAACAACGGUCAGAAUCAUCCUGAAGGAGCAGAACAAAAAAGCUUGUGUGUACAACGGGAAGACCUAUUCGCAUGGAGAAGUGUGGCACCCCACGAUCCGCCACUUCGUGCUCCUGCCCUGCAUCCUGUGCACCUGCAAAGACGGGAGCCAGGAUUGCCAGAAGAUCACAUGCCCCAAGGAGUACCCCUGCGAGGAACCCGAAAAUGUGGAAGGGAAAUGUUGUAAAGUCUGCCCAGAGGACAAAGAGGCGCCCACAGACAGCGGGGUCGAUACCACCAGAUGCCAAGUCUCGGUCUACAUGUUUGUUCCGUCCUCCGCCUCGGAGAACCCCAAAGAGAACUUGAGGAAGAUUGCGAUCGAGCGGGAAUCCUCGGAAGAUGUCGAGAUCUACAUCUGGAAGCUCGUGAAAGGAAUCUUUCAUUUGAUCCAGAUCAAGAAGGUCAAGAAACAAGAGUUCCGGCAAGAAGUGCAGAACUUCCGGCUAGUUUCCAGGACAAACGAAGCUUACUGGAACACGUUCCUGGUGCAAGGCCCAGAAGCGAAGAUCUCCGAAAGUCCGGACAGAGAAAUCAAGAACUUGUAAAAGAAUUGGGGGUGGGGGGUGGAGUCUAUUGAUAUUAAUAUAUAUGGGGGAAAGUUGCAUUAUUGAGUAAACUAUCGCCGCAGAAGCAGGAAAGACAAUCUGCAACCAGCUUUGUGAAAAUGCCAGCAAAUUAACCCCUGGGAAUGAGGACGACCAAUAUGGCUGCUUGACUUCAACGCUCUAGGUGCUGCCGAUGCAACCAGCCUUUCCAAAUGCUGCAAGAGUGAAUGGGUGGCUCUUUCGCCUGCUUCCUGCGAAGGGUAGUGGGGGGGGGGAAGAACCAAGAAAGAUGCUUUAACCUUUUAGGGGAAGGGGAGACUGAGAGGUUGCCACUUCCUAUAGAGCACGUAGGAAACCGUCACAAUAGAGCUUUGAUUCUGCUGUUUCACCGAUUGUUCUGGGAUAGCAAAGGGCAAAUAGGAAGAGGGUUUCCGUUGCAGAAACGGAAUAUUUUUCAUUUGCCUCCCAGCCGUUCUGUCGGAGUCUCUGUGUCGCUCGAGGUUUUGGGUGCAACCAAGAAUUGAUGAAACUCCAGACUCGCAAGUUUUGUCAUCCGAUGCCGGAAUUUGAAAUCUGAAUUCAGGAACUGGAACAGGUUUUCCACAAUUCAAACGCUCUCCCCUGGAUACUUUGACAAACUACGCCUUAAAAAGCCCACUCUCCUUCUGCUUCUCCUUUGAAUUUUGAAUGUAAACCUUAUGUCAAGGGCUUUUUGUUUUGUUUGGGUGUCUGGCGCAGAGGUUGGGCAAAAUUUCCCCGCCUUGGCAUUCCGCAAACUCAUCCCCAUUCUCCCGCUACCUUACCCUAUGAAAAGCGUUCUUCAGAAAAGCAGUUUGCACAACCCACCAAGGACGAUAAUAACACAACAAAAUUCAAAACAGUAGCAAUUGCACAUUUAUUCCAAAGUCAAUUGAAACGAUUUAGUUUAUUAUUUUUAUUUAUUAAAUGUUUAUACCACCCUUCAUACAUAGAUCUCAGGGUGGUUCACAGCAUAAAAACACAAGAUAAAAAUAGCAAAUACAUAGCAAAGC